GUAGAUGACUGACCUUGGUUCUCACCUUUCGUCAUUAUGGGAAGAAUUCAGCUAUUGCCACUUUUACUAAUUCUCCUUCUUACUGAGCAGACAUUGACUCAGAAAAGGAAACAGAAAUGUAAAGAAGAAAAACAUGCCCAGGCCAUAAGAAUAAAAAAACAUCAAGACACACCAGAGACAAAGUUUAAGUUUUAUGAGGAGGGAAGAGAUGAAGACUUGUGUCAAAUUCAAAUAUUUAAACCUGAAACUCUUGAAAAGUGUGCAUUUAAUGAGUCACUUCCCCUUGUGAUCAUUAUCCAUGGAUGGUCGGUUGAUGGGAUGCUGGAGAGCUGGAUUGGGAAGAUGGCUUCAGCGUUUAAGUCACAAAAAAGCCAGUUUAAUGUUAUUGUGGCAGACUGGUUGAAUUUUGCCCAUGUUCACUACCCUAUUGCCGUGCAGAACACUCGUAUUAUAGGUCAAGAAAUAGCUGAAUUUCUGGAAUGGCUGGAGUCCUCUAUUCAAUUUCCGAGAAGUAACGUCCAUUUAAUUGGCUACAGUCUUGGUGCACAUGUUUCGGGAUUUGCCGGCAAUUAUAUCAGUGGCUCAAACAAGAUUGGACGAAUUACAGGACUUGACCCAGCUGGCCCAUUGUUUGAAGGAAUGUCAUCUACAGACCGCCUGUCACCUGAUGAUGCUAAUUUUGUUGAUGCCAUUCAUACAUUUACUCAACAGCACAUGGGAUUAAGUGUUGGUAUUAAUCAACCUGUUGCCCAUUAUGAUUUUUACCCCAAUGGAGGCCAUUUUCAACCUGGAUGCCACAUUAAGAACCUCAUUACAAACAUUGGAUAUCAUGGCAUUAAAGAAACAGUGAAAUGUGCCCAUGAGAGGUCAGUCCAUCUGUUCAUCGAUUCUCUGCUGAAUGACGACAAGCAGAGCAUGGCUUACUGGUGCAAGGACAUCAAUACCUUUGACAAGGGUGUGUGCCUGAGCUGCAGGAAAAAUCGAUGCAACACCUUAGGUUACAACAUCAAGAAGAAGAGACUCACGAGGGGAAGGAAGCUCUUUCUCAAAACACGAUCCCACAUGCCAUAUAAAGUUUACCAUUAUCAAUUCAAGAUUCAUUUUAUCCACCAAACUAAGGAUGUACAGAUGGACCCAACAUUUACACUCACUUUAAUAGGGACCAAGGAAGAUGUAGAGAAUGUGCCAUUCACUCCAACUGACGGAAUAAAAGGCAACAAAACGUAUUCCUUCCUUAUAACACUGGAUACAGACAUUGGAGAGCUCAUGAUGGUCAAGUUCAAGUGGGAAGGAAUAGAUGUCUGGGCUAAUAUAUGGGACACAGUACAGACAAUUAUGCCUUGGACCUCAGAAGACGAUCGCCCUGGACUACUUGUAAAUACAAUCAGAGUCAAAGCUGGAGAAACUCAAGAUCAGAUGACAUUUUGCUCCGAAAAUGUAGACAACAUCAAGCUUCUUCCUGCCCAAGAGAAAACCUAUGUGAGAUGUAGGAACAAUGCAAAAAAGCAAGUGAGAAAGACAAGCACAAGCUGAGCCAAGAAUGAACGCUUACAAAAAACAUUAGGCAAAUUACUAUAAGUAUGUGUUUUUGUCAAGUUUGUACAGUCAGAAAUACAGAGUAUUACACUCAUGUAUAUAUCUUUUCAACUUAUUUGUUUAAACAUUCUAAAAUUCUCUACAUUCUCUAAAAUAUUCCCAUAACAAUUUGGCUAAUUCUGCCAACAAAGUGCAGAACGAAGUGCACAGAGCACCAUUCCUGUGUCACUGUAAACUUUAACUGAUACUAAUCCCUUUGAGAGAGAGGAGAAACUGCUGUGACUCAUUAUAGGACAGUCCUUAGUGACUGAAGGGCCUGGGGAAAGUUAGCUAGUGCUGAGCCCCAUAGUACAGGAGCCAAUUUUCCCCAUUCAUUGCAAAAUAAUAAGAAGGUUAUUUGGGACAUGUUGAUAUGGCAGCCAGCAGGGUUAUAUAUAUAUACUUAUGGUGCAGGUAGUGGGUUCUGCACCAUAUGUUACAUGCAUUAAAAAAAAUAAUUGUUACCAUUAAUGCAAUGCUCUCUCUUCCUUCUUCAGUGUGGUGUCCAGGUUAGCUGCCACAUAUAAGGAUGGCUUUUAUUACAGAAAUAAUAAACAGCUUAUUUAAAAUAAAU